AUGGUGAUAAGUAUAUACUUGUAUCGACGAUGCAGGUAUCGCCAUACGUAUUUGACAAUGAAAUAUAAACACUUUAGUUUUAUCUCUUUUUGUUUUGUCUCCUUCCAGAAGUAACUUUCACAGGAAUUAUUUCUAAAAUACUGAGCAGAGCUGCUCGCGAACAAUUUGUGAGCUACUCGCUAACAAAAAUGUAUUGCUGUUGGUGAGCAAUUCGCGAGUAACUCAUCAAUAAUUCAACAGAUUCCUUUGAUGCAUCGUUUGUCGAGUGAAUUACACUGUUCGUUGUAACAAACGUUCCCUAAGGUGUCCACGAAUAGUUCGUCAACGGCUAAACUAAUAAUUCGCGAGCCACGGAGAGACUCUGCUUCUCUUUUUGUUGCUUCGCUGAACAGCCCUCUUCAAACGAUUUUGACCAUUGCAGUCAAAUUCUUCCUUCUCUAGUCGCUAUUCUAUUCAUGUCUUCAUCUAGUCACAUACUCUAUAUAAAAUAGAAGAUUCAUGUACAUAUACUGUAUGAGAAAAAUUCGGUUGUGCAGGUGUGGAGCGAAGUAUGUGCAUCAAGUGUUCUUUUGUGGCUCGUGAGCUAUCAGUUAGCCUGUUCGUUCAUGAGAAAGAAGGAUGCACCGACGACACUUUAAUGUUACCAAUUGAUUUCGAUUAAUGUAUUAUUUUUAUUUGGAAAGUAACGUAGAAGAAGUAACUUUAUUUUCAUUCGAAUAAGUGAUUCGUGCAAAUAAUUUUUUAUUCGAGUUGAAUUAUUAUUAAGUAACAAAGAUUUUAUCGCGACGCAAUUCAGACAGAAUCAAGAACUAUUUGGAAGGUUAGAAGUAAAUUUAAAAAUACAAGACAAAAUAAAAGAUUAUUUUAAUUGAUAAAUUAAUAAUUAAAUAAAUCAAUUAAUAAUUAAAUAUUCAACUAAUUAUUUUUCAAAUAUUUUAUUCAAGUAAUACUCAGUUUAUCUUUAUGUGAUCUCUACACUCCUGUGUCAAUUUGUUUAUUUUGUUUGUUUAUUUGUUUCAAUGUCUCGGCUGUUAUAUUAUAUGGAAAGUUCUCGGUACACGAAAUUGAUGGACACUACGAUAUAUAGAACGCGAUUUCACAAAACUUCGUGUGUAUUCAAUAUCCAUCAUACGUGUAUCGGGGUACAAGUAAACAUGUCCGUUCUGAGAUUAACCCAAUAAUAAGUCCAAGUACGAAAAAGCUCAAAAAAUAAUAAGAUGUGAUGAGAUGAUAAUGUGGAAUGGAACGUUAGCGCAUCUAACGGAUAAACUACAAUUUCAGGGAGGACGGCUGCAGUAGGACAUAUUGACAUGACGAACUGCACUUUCUACCAAUGCAGUAUGUGCGGUAAAACCUAUUCCUGGAAGUCUUCGUACCAUCGACACUUGCGAGAAGAAUGCGGGAAACAGCAGAGAGUAAAGUGCAAAAACUGCGGAAGACAGUAUCGUUGGCGAGAUUCUCUGAACAAACACUUGAAGUACGAAUGCGGAGUGGAGCCGAAAUACAUGUGUUCGGCGUGCGGUAGAAAAUUUCGUCACAAACAAUUGCUGACAUCCCAUUUGAGGAAAUUUCAUUUAAAUCACUCGAAGAGGGACCACAAUCGCGUUAACUAUGAUGCCCCGUUUACCUGUUACAAAUGUGGUAAACGUUACACAUGGACCGAUUCCUUGACCAGACAUCUUCGAGAGGGCUGCGGAAAGUUACCUAGACACAAAUGCACCCUCUGCGGCAGGAAAUUCAAACGCAGGGACUAUCUGCUGCGUCACGAAAAUAACGUUCACAAAGCAGAAAAGUGCAUUGUUCUUUCAGCUUACUGCGGUUCUGACUAUUACAAGAGACUUGGCAGACACUUCUGUUCGAAUUGUGGCAAAGAAUACAGAUGGAUGCAAUCCUUGGUUAGACACGAAAGAGAAGAAUGCGGGAAGGAGCCGCAGCACAGUUGUCCCGUUUGUGGGAUGAAAAUUCGCCACAGAUGGAUGUUAAAGAAACAUUUGAUCAACGUUCAUCAUUGGGUUAUUUCGAAUGGGAAAAACGUUCACCUCGGACUGAAUGACGGUUUACCGAUUUUUGUGUUUCGUUCGAGCUAUCUGUGUAACAACUGUGGGAAAACGUAUAAAUGGAAAGAAUCGUUGAACUUGCACAAGCGUAUGGAAUGCGGCAUUGAGCCACGGUUCUGUUGCAAAGUCUGCGGAAGAAGAUUUAAACACAAACACCAUCUCGCGAAGCAUCAUAAAUCGAUACACAAUUACGUUGACCUGCCUGUGCUAGGAGCUUCGUUUUAA